GUAUAUAACAGAGUGCCUAUCCAACAGUCUUGUUCAUUCCAUUUUUGCCAUCACUCGUCACUCCUACAUCUAGACAGUCCCAAGCCUGACAGUCAUCAUGGUCAACUUCAUCAACCAAUUCGUGUCGCUCCUGGCUCUGACCGUGCUCUCCACGGCUUUGCCCACCGAGGAAAACAUGCUGCAGACUCGGGAUGUGACUUGUCGAGACGAUCUGCCAAGUAGCUCCUUUUCUCUCCAGACCAGUGAAGCUGUCGAAUGCAUCAACUACCUCAGUUCUCUUGGAUCACAGGCCUGUGUCGCCACUGUCUCGGGACAAUCGUUCUGCAGACGUGGUCAAACUCAAAUCACUGGACUUAGCAGGAUCCCCGGAAAGAACGCGCAGUCUACAUGGUAAGAUAGUCCCGAGGCCAAUUGCCAUAUUAUAACAACGUGGCUGACAAACAUACAGCCAAGAGGUUGCCCGCGGGGCUGGCCUGAUUUUGGACCGCUGCUCCAGGGGAGACGGCACGGUCAGGGGAGCGAACGAGGCCUGGGGCAAUGGCAACCUGCUUGUCGACAUCCGCAGAGUCGUAUAAUAAAAUCAAAGGCACCGUUGUUGCAUCAUGGUAGCCUUACGUGGCCGAAGCCAAAAAUCAACACAGAAUAGCAUAGAUGCUAGGCUGAAAGAAUCCUGGCUUAGUAAUUAAUGUAAUGCGUCUACUCGAUUAUACCCUCUACUUCGUUCGCAAGACAUAAAUUGUGCGGCUGAAUAACGAUGGGCUGAAUCAUGCCAUCCGAGACAAGGUUGUGAAGAUUGAAGUCGAGGGCUAUGUUGGAC